AUGCCCCCACCCGAUGACGACAUGAUAGUUGAUUCUUCACCAACUGCUACAAUUCCGCCUACUUGUGACAAUAUUCUGCGAAAUCAAAACUUGCCAUCAACACCAGCUUCCGGACAGCCAAGUAUCAAGGAAUUGAUCGAACGAAUCACCAUUUUGGAGAAAACUGUCAAGGAACAAUCGAAGAAAAUUGCCGAGUUGGAAGCUACUAAAGGUUUCCCAUUAAUCACCAAUGAUGCUAGCAAAAGUAAGAGUAAACUUUACUCCGCUGUAGUCCAAAACGACCCUCAAUCUGUGAAAAUCAUCGAAAAGGCUCACUUCGCUGCUGAUCUCCGAAAGCUCGGGGAAAACUCGAUUUACGCGAUUAUUGAGAAUGUACCGGAUUGCAAGAAAGAAGAACAAACGACAAUUGAUGCCUCACUCAUGGAAAACUUAGCCAAGCUGGAUACUCUUCCGAAACCUGAACAAUUCUUCCGAAUCAAAUGCAAAAAACCGGAUGUUCCUUCUCGCCCUCUCAAGGUUAAGUUUGCUACUGAAUAUCAACGGGAUACUUUCAUUCGACAAUUUUCCAAGGCACUUCACAAUCUUCCUGAACGCCCAGUAUCGUCUCGAACUAUCUGA